AAUUAUGCACGUUUGAUGGUUUUUGUCAAUGCUAUGGAGCAUCAACCCAGUUUCUGGUCAACCAUGAGCAGGAAUCAAGUUUCAGAGUACGUUGAAACCGAUCCGACUGGUCGCUAUGGACGUUUUGCAGAAGUUCUUGGAAGAGGAGCUAUGAAAACAGUGUACAAAGCAAUCGACGAGAUGCUGGGAAUAGAAGUAGCGUGGAGCCAGGUGAAGCUAAAAGAGGUUCUACGUUCUUCUGUUGAUCUACAGAGACUCUACUCCGAAGUUCAUCUUCUCAGCACUCUGAACCACAAAUCUAUCAUUCGUUUCUACACUUCCUGGAUCGAUGUUCAGUCCCAUACUCUCAACUUCAUCACCGAGUUGUUCACUUCUGGGACCCUACGACAGUACAAGAAUAAGUACUUGCGGAUAGAUAUUCGAGCAAUCAAGUCGUGGGCUCGGCAGAUCUUGGAAGGGCUUGUUUAUCUCCACGGCCACGACCCUCCUGUGAUCCAUAGAGACCUUAAGUGUGAUAACAUCUUUGUUAAUGGCCAUCUUGGUCAAGUCAAAAUAGGCGAUCUUGGUCUUGCAAGAAUGCUCCGGGACUGCCACCCUGCCACUAGCGUCAUCGGCACUCCCGAGUUCAUGGCUCCAGAACUAUACGAGGAGAAUUAUAAUGAACUCAUUGACGUUUAUUCCUUUGGUAUGUGCUUUUUGGAGAUGAUCACCUCUGAGUUUCCCUAUAGUGAAUGCAAAAAUCCAGCGCAGAUUUACAAGAAAGUUGUUGCGGGAAAGCUACCAGGAGCUUUUUACAGAGUUGAAGACAUGGAGGCACAGAGAUUCAUCGGGAAAUGCCUUGUGCCUGCCUCAAAGAGAGUAUCGGCAAGAGAACUAUUGCAAGACCCGUUUCUCGCGUCUGACGAGUCCUGGAUGGUGUACGCAAGUGGCGCUAGGAAUCUGAAGCCAUUCUUGAACGAGAAUGAAAUGGACAAACUGAAGUUGGAGGAGGAUGAUGAGAAUCUUGACGCUGAAGAUAACAAAAUUUAUCUGAAACUACCAAUCGCAAAUGAAAACGGUCUAGCAAAAAACGUGUCCUUCUGCUUUGACAUCAUGAAUGAUACUUCCAUUGAUGUUGCAACGGAGAUGGUAAAAGAACUCGAGAUCACAGAGUGGGAUCCGGUAGAGAUUGCUAAGAUGAUUGAUGGAGAGAUCUCUUCUUUGGUGCCUGGUUGGAGGUCCGAGGAAGAUGAUGAUUAUCAUACUCCUUUUCACUCUUCUUCUUCCUCGCCUUCCUCCUCUCGAGCUUCACUCUCUAACUAUAUGGCUCCAAGCCGUCAAGAUUGGCUACAAGAUGAUUUUCACGAUGAGACGUAUUCUCAGAGUUCUUCAAAUUCAAGCUCUUACUCCAACCUGAACUACAUAUCUGUAGAUGAGCACAUCAUCUCCCAACCUCCUCCUGCUAUGAACAGAACUCACAACGUGACAAGGUUUUGCCCAGAUGUUCUACAUUCAGGACGAGCCAACAUGUACGCAGCAGCUUCGAGUUCGAGUAACUUGAGAUUGGCAUCAUCAGACAACCGCGUACUCACAAGGAACCGCUCGCUUGUAGACGUGCAGGGUCAGUUACUGCAUCGGUCGCUGGUGGAAGAGGCUAGAAGAAGAAGGUUGAUCAGAACUGUUGGAGACGUUGAAAACGUUGGGUUUCAGUCACCUUACGCUGUUUCCCGCAAGCCACGGAGCUCAAGGCGUUAGGCUUCUUCUCUCUCUAGUAUAUGUUUUUAUUCAUGUAAACAUGUAUAAGUAAUAAUGUGUAUAAACAAACUUGCUGGUUCAGAAAAUGUAAAUAAGUUACGUGAACCACGUUGGGUGGUAAUAGCAUGGCGUUCCAGCGUUGCUAAGCAAGCUGAGUUCGAAUCCGCUUACACUUAAA